AUGAAAAGACAUUGUUGCAAACCUACCGUGAAGAAAUUGAAGCACUCAAACAACAACUCAAGAUGCCAAGACACAACAGUCGCCUGCUCGGCAACGACAGCAACCACAGAAGAACCCGUGGAGGAUGACAUGGACGAUGAAGUGGAGGAACUGAAAAUGGCAAUCCGCAAUAUGGAACAUUUGAUUCUCAAAAGCAAAGCGGCGACGACUCCCCCGAGCAGUGCAGUCAGCCGAAAAACCGCGCCCGAGGAGGACCUGUUGGAUUCCGAUAGUGAGGAGGAUGAAGGCGACGAAGCAGCUCUAUUGGCGUUGAUGACAGAAACGCAAAAGUCGUCCGGAGCCACGAGGAUUCCAGGUGGAACUCCAUAG